AGCUCACCUCCCCAGCCAAUCUAGACUUCCUAACAGCAUCCCCUUACAAAAUCCUCACCCUCUACACAGAAGGAGGAUACCAAGCCAUUGUCCUCGGAGCCGACAACAAACCCUUCACGAUAAGUAAGAGUAAUCGCGAUGGCAAUGGGUAUAGACAAUUCGACAGUGUCAAGGAGGCUUUGAUGGGCUUAUUGCACAAGACUUCUUAGAUGGUGACGGAGAAAUUGAGAGGGGAUGGUGUUGAGGAGCUAGAGAAGAAGGAGCCUCCGCCUCCACCUUCUGAGGGUGGGAAUGGAGGUGGUGGAGGAGGUGAUGGUGCGAGUGGUAAUAAGAGCACUAUCUUUGGAAGCGCUGGUUUUGGAAAGAGUUCGUUUGUAACUGCUGACUCGAAGGAAUUUACGGCUAGGGAUAAUGGUUGUUGUGGAUCGAUUGGAAGAGUCGGAAAUAAUGUUUUUGAUGGUAAUAAUUGUGGGAUUGGUGGCGGUUGUGGCUGUUGUCCUUGUGGUCCUGCACGCUUUAGCAACACCUUUUGCUGCGGCAACUACUCAGCUGUACGUGGCGAUGGAUGUCAUUGCUGCCCUUGUGGUCCUCCCGGUGACCCUCGCGAUGACGGUAAGGUACGUGUCCAAGUAAACCCUUUCGGGAAUAUCUCUGUCCCAGCCCCCAUGAGACAAGAAGCGGAAUACGAAGUCAUCCAAUGCACCUGCCACACAAGGAAGAAACAACAACGUCACAACAAUCACUCACUUAGCCGAAGGACGUGGGAGUAGCGUUUUUGACGAUCCACCUCGAGUCACUAUUGCAGGAGAAGCACCUCCAAACGCAACUAGAGGGGCAUUUAGAGGUCAUGGCGAUGCUGCGCGAGAGCAAGAGCAAGAUAACGACAUUGAAUAUUUCCCUGAUGGAGAAGGGGGGGGUUUUCACUCCACUCACUACAAUUGACUUCCUCUGCACUUCCCACCGCCAAUCCCACCCCAGUAUUUCCAAACAACGCACCACUAGCCCCACUGUCAAUGCAAAGGUCAAAGUUCAAGUUUGCGCCGUACUGGUUGGUGCCGGAAAGACCGUUUUGAGCACACAAGGGAUUACUC